AUGACUCUGACGCGUGCUCAACGUGCCCGUUCUAUUAAUAAUAGAUCUUUAGGGAUAAAUGUAGCUCCAACACCACCAGCUCCGUUAUCUUCCUCUAUAACAUCAUCAUCCACAAUCGCAGCAAGAAACAGUCGCGCUAACAUCAAAAAACGUCCUGUUCGUGUUCAACGACGUAGCAUCAAAGUGGUCAACUAUCACGAAUCUUCUUCCACUUCGUUUUCCUCUUCUGAUGAGAAUGAAGGUAAUGACAAUCCUUCGGUCACUACUCCGAAUAGAAAUGAUACGAGCACCGAGAAAAAGAAUCGCCGAGAAACAAGUAUUAGUACUUCCGAUCUUGAGAGUCUCGACGAUGUUUCUGACCUGUCGAGUAAUAUUACUUCAGAAGCAGAAGAUCCCAAUUCUGAUACCGAGUUAAGCGUUCCAAUUUUCACCAAAGAAUUUUUAACUUAUCAUAACGAAAAAGAAGCUAAACAAUUUCAGCUCUCCAACCUAAGUCAAACGAACACUAGUGAAAUUGACACGCUUCGAGCUCGCAUUCACUCGAUUCGUUCCGACUCAGAGACGAAACUGGAAAUAUGUAAGGCACUAGAGAUCUCCAACCAACAAAUCAUUCAACAGGUCAACGAGAUCCGUCUUGCGUUAGGACUGUUGGAGCGUGUGAUUGGUCCAACGGUCAGAUCUUCUGGUAUGCGUUUGGAUGAUGCCGAAAAUUUGGCCGCAUAUGUUGAUGGCUUUCGCGAGAGAGUCGCUAGUGGGUGUUUAUUACAACCUGAAUAA